UUAUUGGACACAAAACUUUGCAAACUGAUGACAUUGCUGCCACUUCAACGUUAUCCUCUUCUUGCCUGUGCCAUGAAACAACAUGGAUGAUGACAGUCUACAACAUUUCGAGGCUGCAUCCUCCGACGGCCGUUCAGAAAAAGGAGAAAAGACCUCCUUUGCGGAAUAUUGUGCUGUGUCAACCCUAAAAAGAAAGGCCAGCAAUGAUGGCGCCCAAACCCCAAAGAGGCGCCGUGACAUGAUGCCAUGCACCAGUGAACAGAAAGAGCUCGCAUCUCACAGCCUUCACAUGUCCGUUGAUGGCGCGUCGAGGAGUGGCACCGGGACAAAGUUGAACCCUGAAGGAGAGGUCGAACAACCCGAUGCGUCCGCGAUGGGUAGACCGGCUAAGGUGAGCACCAGAAAGUCCAACACGACAUCAGUGACUCUCAAAAACAAGUCUGAGAGCUCCAAGAAGGCCAACGCGAAAAGGAAAAUGCAAAACGUUGAAGCAGAUUCCUGUCAGAAGAAUCAGAGUAGCAAACCAUCUGAAGGAAGCUUGAAGAGCAGAGCAAAGUCCCCCAAAGAAACGGACACACUCACAGUGAAGCAGAAAGGAAAAUCAAUCCAGGCCGGGCUGACUAAAGGGAGCAGGAGAACCAGGUUCAGCAGAAAAACUGAGACUCGCACAAAGAAAGCGAGGGCCAAACCAACUGGAGAGUUGUUAAAACCGGCACCGUCCAAAGGGAACGGGAGAAAGUCAAACACAAAACCACAGAAGAAGAAGGAUAAAUAUGCCGAGGGUUCAGAGAAGGCAGUGCCACGAAGGACAAAGAGGAAAUCGGAACUGAAAGCCUUCGGAAAAAAGCCAAGGAAACCGAGUGAAGGCCAAGUGAGAAGUACCUCGCCCAAAGCCACCAAGAGAAAGCCCAGCAAAAAUACCAAGAAAACCGAAGAAGGCGGGCUGGUUAAAAGGACAAAAAAAAGAUUGGGUCAACUGAGACACACCUUGGCAAAAAAGUCGAGGCAUAAACCAACCGCGAAAAACACACCAGCCGUGGAAACCGAUGGAAAGUCCGACUCGGUGCUAGCGAGCCUCUCCAAGCAGGUGAGUAAAAUCCCCAGUCAACUGUCUGUGGUCUUUUUCGGAGAGUCCAAGAAGGAGGCCAGUCCGAAGCCCGUGACCUCCAUGGAGAGCAGCGGCGACGUGCCACCGGGGUCCACCGCCUCCCAACAGGCUGCGACCAAUCGAGGUAACCUCCCAUUUGCAUUUUGCCGAUCCACGUUCAAAGCGAAGCUACGUCAGCGCUCGUGCCUCAUCUCGGCAGCUUCGUUUGCACGCAAAUAUCAGCAAGUCAACAAACUCGGCGAAGGAGGCUUCGGAUCCGUUUAUGCUGGUUACAGGAAAAGCGACUGCUUGCCGGUGGCAAUCAAAUACAUCCCCAAAGAGGUCAAACGGGUCCCGUUGAACAUCAACGGGUUGAAGAAGGACAUCCCCAUCGAAGCGUUGCUCAUGCUGCAAGCAUCAAUCAAGAAGAACUCAGACGGGACGUCUGCUGUCGUGUCGCUGUUUAACAAAUAUGAUCUGGAGCAUCAGAUUGUCCUGGUCAUGGAGAGGCCCGUCCCGUCCGUAGACCUAUUCACUUACAUCACCAGAUGCCGGAUCGGCGCGCUGCCCGAGUGCGAGGCAAAGAACAUCAUGAAGCAGCUGGUGGCGGCGGCCAUCGACAUGCACGCGGUGGACGUGUUCCAUCGAGACCUGAAGCAAGAAAAUAUCCUCCUGGAGGCCACGUCCGGCGUCCCUCGCGUGCGAAUCAUCGAUUUCGGCUGCAGCUGCUUCGCCAGCAACGAGCCUUACCGGGACUACAACGGCACCUUGUGCUACGCUCCUCCGGAGUACGUUCUGAGACGGACGUACAGCGCCGGUCCUACCACCGUGUGGCAUCUGGGCGCGCUUCUCUUUGAGCUGAUGGCCGGAACCAAGCGAUUUGACACCGUCAUGUUCCUUUCCCAGAUGCUGAGGCUAAAUCGGGUUCUGUCUGAAGGUAGGAUCCCGCCAUUUUCGUUUCUUCCUUGCAAACAACCGUCGCUUGAAUUUUGGUGGCUCUUUGAGCAGAAUGUGAAGAUUUCUUGUGGAAAUGCUUGAAUUUGGAUCCGGAGAAGCGGGCCACCCUGGAGCAGAUGCAGCGGCACCCGUGGCUCGUAUGAGAGUGACACCCGCUCCCGUUUACAUGACCCGGUUGGGU